AUGCCUACCUGCGAUGUCGAGCUGCUGCUCAAAUCGCUGAAGACUUUUAAGGUGACCAAGAGCCAUCUGGUCUCCCGUGGUCUGUGCAACCAUUCUGCCCCUCACACAAUGCGUGUCCGCUUGCUUGGGAGUUUUGUCCACAACUACGCAUCCUCGCACCUACGGAACAACGACAUUCUAGCGGCUGUGACGGCCACGAUCCACGAAGUGGCAUUUACCAAUAACGAGGAAGGCGGUGAGGCCUUUACAUUCGCCUGGGAAAACGAUGCGGACGGACGCCCAAUUAUCGGCAAUGGAAGUGACCACAAGCCGUUCAUUAUUGAUAUGACUACCAAAGUAUUGCUCACACGUGUUGACCGUGACCCUGGCUCUUUCAUUUUUCAUAUUGACGCAACUUACAAGCUCUGUCUCAAGUGGCCUGUCCCGUACUAG